AUUAAAUAGCUUAUAUUAAAUUUGAUAGAGUGAGAUCACUGAAAAACAAUAUAAACUAACUUACAUUUUUUUGAAUAAGAUGUGAAAGUUUAUCUGAGAGACAGGGGAAAGAAGUAGAGAGACCAACUCGGAGACCACACAAGCUAACCAGGUCCAUCUGGUCACUUCAGGGAAAAUACAUUUCAGCCAUUCGGAUCUAAUCAAGUGUAUUGGCCACUUUCUGUUGACGCAACUCUGUCCAAUUUCUCAAUUUCACUCAUCUUUGCCGUUCUGAGGUCAACAACGUGCGUAAUCAGAACCAACUGAUGACAUUGCCGACUGGACAAUCGUAUCUUCUUACACUUUCUUCUGACGCCUUCCUCAUGGGAUCAGAAAAUGGGAACACCUCCAUGGAUAACACGACAACAAACGAUCCUGAGGGUGGGAGCAUUGUGGGUAACAAUAUUUCUGUUACCUUUGGGGCCCUCAUCCUCAGCAUCGUCUUCCUCCUGGGUGUUCCUGGCAACCUCUUCAUUAUCUGGAGCAUCCUGGCACGAGCCCGCAAACGCUCCGUCACUACCCUGCUCAUCUUCAACCUGGCGUGUGCAGACGGCUGUCUGAUGUGUCUGACAUUUUUCUUUAUAAUUUACCUUGCCAAGCAGAAGUGGAUAUUUGGAGGUGUCAUGUGCAAGCUGCUUUUCUACUUGUGCAAUACAAACAUGUACGCUUCUAUUAUGAUCAUUACGCUGAUGAGUCUACACAGACUAGUGGCAGUGGUGUGGCCCACAUACUUGACUGCUUGUACUCGUAGACGGAUGGUAUUACUUGUGCUCGGGGGCCUGUGGAUUGUUGUAUUUCUUUUGGCACUUCCUGCUUUGAUAUUCAGAGAAGAAACAACAAAGAAUGACCAUGGAAAGAAACGCACAAUAUGUGCAACUCAUCACCAGCAUUCACAGCAUGUGGUAUUCCAGUACACACUUGAGACAGUGGUGGGCUUCCUGGUACCAUAUGUGAUCAUAGUCAGCAGUUAUGUGUGUAUCCUUCGCCGCCUCAGACAGACCAUGUUCAAGAGAAGGAUACGAUGCGAGAAUCUUAUUCAAGCCAUCAUUGUGACGUUCUGCAUUUUUUGGCUUCCUUAUCACAUUAUUAAUAUAGUGCAAGUGGUGGCAGCACUUAUACAAAAGGGACCAACCCAAAAAAGAUUGGAUAAUAUCUCGCAGUCCAGCCGUGCGGUUACAUCCGCUCUGGCUUUUAUCAGUAGUUGUGCCAAUCCUAUCCUCUACGCCUUUGCUGGACGCUCUUACAUCAAAGCUGACGGCCUGGCAUUCAUGGCCCGACUCUUUGAGGGCACAGUCCUGGACUAUGGUGCCCGAAGAAGCCAGACCAAAGAGGUUAUCAGACUUUAAACCUCAUGGAAUGGAUAACCAAAGUAAUCUAGGACAGGACAUUUUUAUUGAUACUGUAGGGAAUAAACACCAGGACAAAUUCAUAAAGCAGCCAUUUAAAAUGCAUUUAACUCCAUUGAUAUAAAUGAGCUAAUUCACCUUCAUAAUAAAAUGACCUUUCAAGUUUGCAAACUGUUUACAAUGUUGCAAUGCUGUUAUACAUUAAAACAAUCCUGGUAAAUCUGGAG